CCCCCCAAGCCCCGCCCCCCAAGCCCCGCCCCCCGCAGGCCCCGCCCAGCGGCGCGCAGCCAGCGGACCCCGCGCAGCUCGGCCCGCCCGCCCCGAGGCGGCCGCAGCCAGCGGGACACCAUGUCUCACGAGAAGAGUUUCCUGGUGACCAGCGACGGCUUCGGGGGGCAGCAGCCCCCCGCGGGCCCCCCUGCCUACCCCCAGCCCCCCUACCCCGUGGCCCCCUACCCCCAGCCCCAGUUUGCCCCCGCGCCCUACCCCCAGCCCGGCUUCACGCAGGGCCCGGGGCCGUACCCGCCCCCCGGGCCGUACCCCCCCGCCGGGCCCUACCCCCCCGGGCCCUACCCGCCCCCCGGGCCCUACCCACAGGGCCCCUACGGCCAGCCCCCCUACGCCCAGCCCCAGCCCAUGGUCCCUGGCGACCAGGACUCCCCCCUGCACAGCACCUACCACGAGGACGGGCCCCCCUCGUACUACGACAACCAGGACUUCCCGUCGGCGCACUGGGACGACAAGAGCGUGCGCCAGGCCUUCAUCCGCAAGGUGUUCCUGGUGCUGACGCUGCAGCUGACCGUCACCUUCGCCUUCGUGACCGUGUUCACCUUCGUGGGCAGCGUGCGGGGCUUCGUGCAGCGCAAUGUCUGGACGUACUACGUGUCCUACGCCGUGUUCUUCAUCUCCCUCAUCGUGCUCAGCUGCUGCGGGGACUUCCGCCGCAAGCACCCCUGGAACCUCGUCUCCCUGUCCAUCCUGACCGUCAGCCUGUCCUACAUGGUGGGGAUGAUCGCCAGCUUCUAUGACACCGAGGCCGUCAUCAUGGCUGUCGGCAUCACCGUCGUCGUCUGCUUCACCGUCGUCAUCUUCUCCCUGCAGACCAAGUACGACUUCACCUCGUGCCGGGGCGUGCUCGUUGUGUGCCUGGUGGUGCUGAUGCUCUUCGCCAUCCUCUGCAUCUUCAUCCGGAACCGCAUCAUGGAGAUCGUCUACGCCUCGCUGGGGGCCCUGCUCUUCACCUGCUUCCUGGCCGUGGACACGCAGCUGAUCCUGGGGAACAAGCAGCUGGCCCUCAGCCCUGAGGAGUACAUCUUCGCCGCGCUCAACCUCUACACCGACAUCAUCAACAUCUUCCUCUACAUCCUCGCCAUCAUCGGCAGGGCCAAGGAGUGACCCCGCCCACUUCGGAUCCCCCGCCCAGUUCAGAUCCCCCCGCCCAGUUCGGAUCCCCCCGCCCAGUUAGGGAUCCCUCCAUGGCAGUUAGGAUCCCCCCAGCCCAUUUAGGAUUCCCCCAUCCCAGUUAGGGAUUCCCCCACCCAGUUACGGAUUCCCCCCCCAGCCCAGUUAGGGAUCCCCUCAGCCCGGUUUGGAUGCUCUCAUCCCAGUUAGGGAUCCCCUCAGCCCGGUUUGGAUCCCCCCAUGCUGGUUGGGAUCCCCCCAGCCCAGUUCAGAUCCCCCCCAGUCCAGUUGGGGAUCCUCCUCAGCCCUGCUGGGAUCCCCCAUCCUAGUUAGGGAUUUCCCCAUCCCAGUUAGGGAUCCCCCAUCCUAAUUAGGGAUUUCCCCCCCAGCCCAGUUGAGAUCCCCUCAGCCUGGUUUGGAUGCCCUCAUCCCAGUUAGGGAUUCCCCCACCCCAGUUAGGGACCCCCCCAUCCCCCCGGGAUCCCCCACUCCCCCGGGAUCCCCCCACUCCAGUUAGGGAUCCCCCCUCCCCCGGGACCCCUAUCCCCCCGGGAUCCCCCCAUCCCCCCGGGAUCCCCCACUCCCCUGGGAUCCCCCCACUCCAGUUAGGGAUCUCCCCUCCCCCGGGACCCCUAUCCCCCCGGGAUCCCCCCUCCCCGGGAUCCCUCCAUCCCCCCGGGAUCCCCCCACUCCCCCGGGAUCCCCCCACUCCAGUUAGGGAUCCCCCACUCCCCCGGGAUCCCCCUCCCCCCGGGAUCCCCCUCCCCCCGGGAUCCCCUCCCCGUAGCCGGUUUGUCGCGUUCCCACCGCGGUUCCCCGGCCCCGCCUCCGCCCCGCUGUCGAUCCCCUCCCCUUGCGUUGAACGCGGACUGGAAGCACUUUGGACCCCCCGUGUGCAGCAGGGGCAGUGCCAGCAGCACUGCAGCCCCCGAGCCACUGUCCCUGUCUGUGCCCAGUGUCCCCUGAGCCCCUGAGCCCUCCUGCUCUGAGCCACUGUCCUCGUGUGGAGGCGCCCCCGAGCCACUCCAGCCACCUGCCUGUCCCCCCUGAGCCCCUCCCCAUCCUGGUCCUGCUGUUAAUAAAUUGUCUUGUUCAUCUCCCACGG